AUGGGUCAAUAUAGCGCUUCAAGUAACCUUAGGAAUUUCCAGAGUGAUUUGAAUAUAUCAACAGGAAGACCAAGUGAUGGAAUAUUUUAUGCGCAUCGCUCUAAUCACUUUUUGGAAUUUGAAACUGUUUUUGUAAAAGACGAGAAGGAACAACACAAUCUCAUUUCUAAAGGACAUAAAGUGGACGAAAAGUGUAUUACUACUAAAACUUCAUCUGAUAAUAAUUUUGAUGCCGAGACCUCAACUUAUAUGGUUGAAUACGAUAUUGAUGAAACUUUAGAAAUAAAGGAAGAAAUUAUCCAAGGUGAACAGAAUUCUGAGAUUAAGUUGAAGAUAUCAUUAGGGAGACCAGAUUCUUCUAGCAAUAAUUUUGGUGACCAAACUUCAACUAGCAAAACUGUAUACAAUGACGAAUCUUUAGAUGUCCAGGAAGAGCCCAUCCAAGAGAAAGAUACAGUUACAGGCGAGAAACGUAAUCAAGUAUAUGAGUGGAGUGAAACGCAUGGAGGUUAUAUUUUAGUUUAUAACAAACUGCCAGACCAGCCAAAGAAAAAACUGUCGGAAUUAGAACUGGAACUGGAAAAGAAAUACAAAUGCGAGAAUUGUGCGCGAACCUAUAAAACGAAAGAAGGUUUGCGUCGCCAUAAAUGUACAAAAUUAGAAGAGGACGUCAUACCACAGUUCCCAUGUGAAUUCUGCGGCAGACGAUUUAAACAGAAAAAAUACGUUACUUACCAUAUAGAUCGCGUUCAUCAGAAAGACAAAUCGAAGGCUUCACAAAUCAAGUAUAGUUGUAACACAUGCGCUAGGAAUUACAGUUCCUCAGACUCUUUAAAAAGACAUAAGCGUUUAGAACACGAAGCAGCCAUACCGAAAUUUAUUUGUGAUAUUUGUGGACACAAGACUAGUUUAAAAACUGAUUUGAAAAGACAUAUUUCUUCACGCCACGAGGGUCGUACGCGUCAAAGACCAAAGUCACAUUAUUCGAUAUUGAAGCAUUAUUGCGACAAGUGUCCUCGAAGUUACAGAUGGUUAGGUAGUUUAACUCAUCAUAAACGUUUAGAACAUGCAGCAGUAAAACCACAAUUUACUUGCGAUAUUUGCGGUCACAAAACUAAACUUAAAGGAGGCUUGGUAACGCAUAUUACUUCACAACAUCUUAAUAAGCAAUAAUUAUUACCUACGCGAAAUUUCAAUUCUUGCCAGGAAAUUGCUCAAAUAUUUUUUUAUUAUAUUAAAUGCUUUUGUAAAUGUAUUCCUUGAAUUAUUUUUGUGAAAAUCAAUUCAUUUUAUCAAUUUUACUUCAGCUACUUUUGUUAAAUGUAGAAUUAGGUUCGUAUACGUUUUGUUCAGAUAUCUAGUAAAAAAAGGUACACCUGACUCCCGGUUUAGCCACUCGCGGUUUAGUAAUUCCUAGAACUGAUGGCUCACGCAGUUUCUUAGCUCAAGGGGCAAGAGAUGUUUGCAACUCUCACCUCGGAAGAGCCGCAGUUCGCGUGUACUCAGUUGAGUUUAUUGCGCAAUAUUAUGCAAGCAAUCCCUAGAUUGUGGAUAAACAGAGAUUAAUAUGCGCGAGUAUGUGUAGACUCGUAUUUUUUAUAUUUUUUUUUUAUUUUCUAUCAUGUCUUACUAUUUAAGGGUACCAUUUUAGUAACUAUCCCCGAAAAAACUCUAUUUUUGUGAAUUAUUUAUGAGAUUAUUGAUAAAGAUAUUGAUGUAGGAUUUCUUAGGCUUAAUGAAUGCACUCUUGAAAUACCUUGAAAUUAUUUUUGUAGUAAUUUUAUACACCCUCUGUACACGAAAACCCCAGUCAAACGCAACUCCUCGAAAACUGGGUAGGUCCGGCUUGUUAAAAAAAUCUCGAAACUGGACCAUUUGAAACACAAAAAUAAAAAAGUUUUUGAUGAAGUAUAACAAUGGCUAUGUCGCUAUAAAUUAUUUUUAAUAGACGUGCAAAUAUAAUAAAAUGGCGACCAAAACCGUGGGUUUUUCACCGUUUUUCGUAAAAAAAAAGAUUGUAAAAAUUAAAAUUUUAUCAUAAAUUUUAUGGGGUAUAAAAUAAAUAAAUAAUUUUUAUUUGUAUUUUAGGAAUGUAUCUAUUAAUCCUAGCAAAUCCUACAUCAAUAUCUUUAUCAAUAAUCUCAUAAAAUCUCAGAAAUUAAUUCUUAGGUCUUUUUAAAUAUUUUGUACACGGAAUAUGAAUAUAAUGGGAAUAUGGAUAUAUUGGGAAUAUGGAUAAUCCUGAUUUUAUAACAUAACAUUUUUACAUUGUAAAUAGUAUUUUAAUCUGAAAUUAAUAAGAAAAUAACUGUAGGAUCUAUUUGUCAAAACCUAAUAGUGUAAUAAUGUCUUUUAAUGGUUUCAAAUGAUGCACGACUGUGUAAGUGUUAAUGGAGACUAUUUUGAAAAAGUAUAGUAGAUAUUGCUUUAAAAAAGUUAUUUGUUCUUAUACAUUCCAGAAACUGUCAUAGUGACCUACGCAUAUGUGAAUUUUAAAUCUGAAGAUCUAUAUCAUUGUCCCAUAGUUAAACAUAAGAUGUGUGACGACUUAGUAUCUAGAUGUUAACAGGUAGUAUUUAAUUAUCGCCCUGCAAUAUCUCACGCGAUAAACUGGAACCUUGAUUUCCGUAAUCUGGAUUUGUCCGUUCCGAGAAUUGAUAACAAUCAAAUAUGAUGAUCUGUUAGUGCUUUAGUUGCAUCACGUUGCGUCAUACUUCCAGAUCCUACAUAAGUUGUUCAAAUGGCCUUGUCUGUUUGCUUUCGGAGUCCCUGGAUUUGCAUCACAGGCAUGCCAGAAAUCGUUUACAAAUCCAGGUUUCAGUGUAAUAAAAUUAUUGCGUAUCGCAAAACUUUAAUUCUUAGUAGAUUUACUAUGCUAGUUGAAAAAUUUUUUUUUAUUUCCUAAUAUGCUUUUCUAUAAGUUAAAUUACUUUUUAUGAUCAUCACUAUAUAUAAUACUCAAGUUUGCUCAAUGAGGGUUGAAAGCGGAUAAAUGCACUCUUUAUCGAUAUCGGCAUGUGUUACUUUUUCUAAUUGUAAUUAGUUGUAUUAGAAUUUGUUGCCAUACGUUUGUGUUACUUGGAGAAAAUAUAUGGGUAUAAAUAUAAAUAAAUGAUUUAUAAAAAAGAA